AGAUAGGCAUGUAGAUUUGUACGGUGACCAUGGUUACGGAGACCAAACAAACUUACAUCCAGAAGAUCUCUGCCAGGAAUUCAACUGCACCCAAGGAUUGUAGUUUGAGUUACAACGAGGUAGAAAAGUUAGCCGAGUCGUUGAGCGAUGGAACUGUUUUUGGUAUCAUCAGCGAAUUAAAAGAAAUUCAGCAAAUCAAGCUCGCAAGCUUGUCUAAAGAGAGGAACUCCAUUGUUAAAUCUUUCCAGGACAAAAAAGAGCAGCAAGAAUCUGCACAGGGGGAAGCUUACGAGCAAAUGAUGGCAGACGAGAAUUUUCAUCCAUCAAAUGAGGAGACAAUGCUGAAGGAGUUUAAAGCAGAUUCUGUUGAAUUAGAGGCACAAGAAAAGGAGGCACUCAGAAAGUUUGAUCUUGGUGUUCUUGAUCAGCUUGACAAACAGGUUGAAGACCAACAGAAAUAUUUGGACAUUGCUGGAAUCCCUGAAAUGCAGCUAACAACUGAUAACCAGAAGAUCAGAAAGCAAAUGUUUAUGCUGUCCGUGGUCGAGAGCUUGCCUCAGCCGGAAUAAAUUCUGGUAAAUUGCGGCUUCAAUUUUAGAUACGUAUCUUUUAUAGGUUUAUAUUCUAUUUGAUUAAUCACUUUAUUUAUUUAUGAGUUUUGAACCCCUGUUGUUUUUACUUGUUGAGCAGCCUUCAUUUUUAUUGUCGUGAUUCACGUGUAUUAUAGUCAUUUUGAGAUUUUUGGUGGUAGUUUGGUCAAAGGACAGCGAAUCGUUUUAAUACUGCAAAUGUAAUAGAUGGUACAAAAUAGUACGAUAUUCGUACUGGAACGAAUAACUCACGGCAAAUGUUUUUAAGAAUUUAACUAUAAAGCUAUUAAACAUUUUCUUUUAAUUCUACUUGUCAGUAAGGCAGUUUU